AUGUCGUCGGACACCAUCAUUGAAGGCCUAAAGCAAGGCAACGGUGUCGAAUUAGGCGUGCUCCAGAACCUGAAGGAAGGGCUCAACACUGUUGUCGACGGAAUGAUCAAUCAGUGUCUGAGCCGCAGCGACGGGCUUGCUGAGUUGACGGAGAAUCUAUCACUGGGAAGUUCGAGCGAAGCAGCAACAGAUCUCACGGCAGAAGACGAAAUCAAGCUCGCAAAAAUCAUCGAAGACGCCAUGCGGUUCUGCGAGAGAGAGAUCGACUUCAAUACUGGAACGAAGAAAGUGGAACUCGCCCGAACAUCCAUCGGAUUCAAAGCUCAGCAGGGAGUUCUGGAUAUGCUGCUUACCCAUAUCAAGGCUCAUGAAGAUGCGUUGGAUCAGAGGGCAGCUCUGCAAGACAAGUCACAGGACGUAGUGGAUUGGUCACCAUACGAUGCUCUUCAACUAAGGGAAUGUGCUUUCCUCGACAAGCUUCUCGCCUUUCACAGGGACGCAGCGAGAGAACUCAGGGAGAGGAAAAAGUCUUGUUAUGAUCGGAUCGAGGAUCAGCAUGGGUGGGCACAGGGUACUUUGCAGAUGCAAAUGGCGGCUCUUCUCCGCAUUGCUGAGGCUGCGAAAAUCGAUCUUGAAGUCGUACGCGACCUCGACGAACAAUCACUUCAAGAAGCCUAG